GUGCUGAUUGGACAUCAGGAACUCGAGCAAACUUUAAAUUUCAGCAAAAUGCCCAGAGAUUGCUCAUCCUGCUGGAGAAGCCAGGUUUUUGGAAGGUCAAAGAUCCCAGAGAUUCUCAAAGAUGCAAGCUGUCUGUGUGAGACUGCUCCUUUUCUGUGUGACCUGGGCAGCUACACAGGAAGAAAAAAGCAAAGACGAUACUGCCCUUCAUCACUUUGACGAGAGAAGAAACCAAGAUCUGUCAUCUCGUGAAAAUAUUGUCUUGGAAAGCAAGAGAGUUUUGUCCCUUUUUGAAGCCAAUGGGAAUAACCAAAGUAGUACAUCCCCACACUUUGCUGCAAACAGACAAACUCUGACAGAAGAAUAUAGAGUCAUUCACAAAGGGAAGGCCCACAGGGACCUAGUGGUGCCCAAGUAUCCCGAAUCCACUGGCCCCAAAGGUGCCAAGGAUGGAGACGAUGGUACCAGGAGCCUACAUGUCCAAGAAGUAUAUGGCACAGCUCCCGUCGUAAACAAGGUGCAAGGUGUAAUGAGGCCGAUGACAGGGAUGCAACAGUGGGAGGAAGAAGACAAAGAGAAGAACCCUAGAAAUGUACCAAGCAAAAUUCCAGCACACACCAAUCAUGCUAAAGCCCACUCCAAAGGUAAGAAGAGUCAUCAACCAAGUGCUCGAGCCCAGAAUAGCCCGGUAAAAAGCAGAAGUACUCGGCAUAUCCAGCACAGCACUCGCUACCUACCACAGCUCUCCAAAGAGCGAAGAAUCCCCAGUGAUUUUGAAGGCAGUGGUUAUACGGAUCUCCAAGGGAAAGGGGACAGUGAUGUCUUUCCUUUUAGCGGGGAUGGCCAACCUUUCGAGGACAUCCCUGGCAAAGGAGAAGCUGUUGGUCCUGACCUAGAAAGCACAGACAGACAAACAGGGCUCUUAGAUCUCAGUGAACCUGAGACUGUAAGUGCUGACACGAGGGGCCUGGGUCCUAAUGAGAUCCCGGAGGGAGAGGAAGGUGGUGACCACACCCUCCCAGCCAAGGCUGGGACCAAGAAGGAGGCGGGCAUAGCUGUGGUGAGCCGCGGGGAGGGCAGCAGGGACAUCACCGGCAGUACCAACUUCAGGGACCUCCCAGGGAAAGAAGGAAACAGAGUGGACGCCGGCAGCCAGAAUGCUCACCAGGGGAAAAUAGAGCUUCACUAUCCAAGUGUGCCCUUCCAAGGGCAAAUCAAAGGAGGCAGCGGUGUUAGCACCGAAAGUGCAGCUCAUAAUGAAAUUCCCAAGCAUGGCAAAGGCGGUCCUAGUAAAUCUACAGAGCUCUCUGGUAGGAACCAAGAAGCCUUAGGUGAAAAACACCGAUUUUCUAGUAAGGGUGAAAGCCGGGGCCUGGUUAUUCCUUCUCAUGGUCUUGAUAAUGAAAUUAAGAAUGAAAUCAGUUCCCGCCGUGGCCCUCACCAUGAGGGGAAUAGGAUAACACACCGCGGGAAGGCUCCAUAUGUGUCCCAUGGACAGCAUGGCACUGUACGAGGUAAGGGAGGGUCACCAAGGAGAGGCUCCUGGGCUUACAGAAGACUCCAUUCUCAUAGCGGGUUCAGCUCCUCUCAGAGAAGCGAUAGCAGUGAGUCCUCUGACAGCAGCAGUUCCAGUGAGAGUGCUGGCCGCUAGUGCCCCGGGCCUCCCUGCCAUGUCCCAGUGGGCAGCAGAGGACAGAGUCCCCGACAGCUGACCGGAAGAAGGACGAAGGCUUAGCAGGCACAGAGGCCUGGCCUCCUGCUGUGUGUGGGGGAUUUGCUAUUUUAAUGAUCAUAGUAUGAAUUCUACUCAAGGUCAUAAUGCUUUUUCAAAACACAUGCAUUAAGGAUUUCUGGAGCAGGCAGCAUUUGAGUGAGUGUCAUUUGUAAUAUUUGUGACUGUCACAAAUGCCCUUGCUAUAUCUUUUGCUCUGCAGACAUGGAAAUAAACAAUAUUUCUCCAUGACAACCUAUUAGUGGAUGAUCUAUGAGGAAUCCUGUUUUUCAGGAGGCAGGAUUGCAACAAGAGGAGUUCUGCCUCCGGCCAAGGAGGCGGGUGUAAAGUGCCCAGCCCGCUGAGCUCACCUUAAGCAUCCCUCUGCCGGGUCUGUUUCGGGCUCAUCUCCACACUUCGCUCUGUUGCACAGUUAUGAGCUCCUACGAGGCCAUCGUGUUCCUGAAACACGCCUUGGUUUACCUCUUCAGUCAAUUCCAGCUGUUUCCAAACAGGAGACUAAGGUGGGGUGAAGACAAGGGAAGAAUUUGAGAAGAAACAGAAAUGAAAAACCCAGACAAAAACUCAGUUUGACAGAAACCAUUGGCCAUUCCAAAUUAUUCCCAGCCUGUUUUUUUGUUCCUUCCUUUAGUGAUGCUUUAGCUUCCGUUAGUGAUGCUUUAGCUUCCUUUAGUGAGAGACUUUUCUAGCUAAUGAUGGCUUUGUGUCACAGUUCUGGAAGUUCAACCUAGGUCUUCUGAUCAGGAAAGGGGAAGAAUUCUGGAAGGCUUUGCUCCCCCUGGUCAGAAACUUAUAUAGCUUCACUCCUUCCUAACUUAUGUCCUUCUUCUGGACUUAACAGAAUGCAAUGUCUGGAAGUGCAGCAGCUGUUUUGCAGCUAUGAGGAAGAGAACAAAGCAGUCAUAGAGAUGUUUCCUGCUUGCAGUGCCCUUGCUCUGGGAGACAAAUCUUCCUCAUGUGUUAAGUCACCAUCAGCUUUUUUGUUAGUGAUAGUGGAGUCAAAUUCCUAACUGUCAAACCUCUCCAUCCCUGAUGUUCUUCCAAAUGAGAAGGGUCAAGAGAAGAAGAAAGGAAGAAGUAGAAGACAGAGGAAGAGCAUAGUCUCUUGCUCUUUAAGAGUAAGGUCCCAAACAGCGGAAGCUAUGACUGCAUGUUCUGCGUAGCCCCUCGGCAGCAGAGUGCAGUAACACUGUAACGCAGGUGAUUGUCAUAAACUCUGAGCUACCUUCUGAAGAUCUGACCUCGCACCUUGGUAGACAGAAGAUGUUUUCUACUAAACCAAAGGGGCAAUAUAAACUGUGCAGUCAGUCCAUUUCUACCCCCUACACACACACAGGCACAAGCACACACGUGGCAAUAAUGGCCCAUGUGACUGUCACAAGUUGUGUUUUAUUAAAUCCUUUCAUCUGCAUGGUUACCCUAUCAUAUGGGUAUUUCUACAUUUUCUAGAUGAGAAACUGAGACACACAGAGCUUUACUACUCCAACUAGUAAGCUGGGAUUUGUACCUAGGCCACCUGGAUCCAGUUUUAGCUGUUAAGCGCUCACCAAACUACCACACAGUACGUAGAUAUCCAUAAUAUGUAACCCAUCUUACAGACGUGGAUGUAUAUAUAGAGGACAUACACACAGAUUACAUAGCUAGAGACGCUAUAUAAAUAGAUAGAUAGAGAUGAAUAAAAUGCUAAGUAGAUCCUAAAAACAAUGCAUCUUUUCCCCUGCAUUUGUUCUCCAUCUUCUGUACAUAUCAGAAUUCAGGAUCCAUGAAAAGACCUUACACAUCACCACUAGAACUCCUUAAUAAGCUAUUCCUCAUACUUUGCUUUAAAAAAAAAAAAGAUAAUUUUGGCAAAAAAGAGAAAAGCAUCAAGACAACUAAUGAAGAAACCUAUAUAGAAUUUAGAUUACAAAUAAAUGAAUUCAAAUCCA